AUGGAUCUCUAUCACGUCGCCUCCCUCUGCGGGGCUCUGCUCUUCGUGUGGGGAAUCCCCCGCUCGCACACUCUCGCUAUCUCCCCUCCGGCGGCCCCGAAGAGCAGCAAGGUGUCGAGGACCUUUGACGGACAACAAGCCUCUAAAUACUUCAAGGAGUUUUACGCGCCGCCGCACGUCGACAGAAACUAUAAAGCGACCUCUAAAGACUCCGUGGAGCCGCACGACUACAUGCUGUCUAUCUACAAGACCUUCUCCACGGCGGAGAGGCUGGGACUCAACGCCAGCUUCUUCCGCUCCUCCAAAGCUGCCAACACCAUUGCGAGUUUUGUAGACAAUGGACAAGAUGACCUCCCACUCCUCCCUCUGAGGAGACAGCAGUAUCUGUUCGACGUCUCAACACUCUCCAAAAAGGCGGAGGUGCUGGGAGCUGAGCUCAGGAUAUACACCAAAGUGUCUGGGAAUUUCAGGAUUUCGGAAACAGAGCCCGUCGACGUCCAGCUCCUCUCCUGUCACGACCGGCAGCUGCUCGACUCCAAAACGCUGGACUUGCAGGACGCCCAGAGGCCGAAGUGGGAAGUGUUGGACGUGUGGGAAAUAUUCAAAGAGCAGCAGUACCUGAGCCAUGGGAAGCAUUUCUGCCUGGAACUCAGGGCCAUGCUGGACAACCCGGAAAGGGAGCUGGACCUGCACCAUCUGGGCUUGAACAGGCACGGCAGGCCCCAGCAGAAGAAGGCUAUCUUGGUGGUGUUCACCAGGUCUAAGAAGAGGCAGACCCUCUUCAGUGAGAGGAGAGAGGGGAGAGCGUUGUUGGGUCUGGAGAGGAAGGCCAAAGAGAGGGGCCCUGGUGCCAAGGCCAGCAGGAGACGGAGGACGGCGGCAUCCAAGACCCGCCACGGGAAGAGACACGGCAAGAAGUCCAAAUCCCGGUGCAGCAAGAAGCCGCUGCAUGUUAACUUCAGAGACCUGGGCUGGGACGACUGGAUCAUCGCCCCACUGGACUAUGAAGCGUACCACUGCGAGGGGGUGUGCGACUUCCCCCUGCGCUCCCACCUGGAGCCCACCAACCACGCCAUUAUCCAGACUCUGAUGAAUUCAAUGAACCCCAGCAACAUGCCGCCCAGCUGCUGCGCCCCGUCCAAGCUCAGCCCCAUCAGCAUCCUCUACAUCGACUCAGGAAACAACGUGGUCUACAAACAGUACGAGGACAUGGUGGUGGAGUCUUGUGGCUGUAGGUAG